CAGCCGUGCCCGGACUCUAACAAUACACUUAUAUUGCACAAGUGUAAAUCGUAAUCGUAUCUGUGACCUAACGGAAUUCCUACCGUAAUCAUCAAUUCAAACCGACAUCGUGGCAACAAAAGAUGUAUUAUCUUCAGAUAACGUUACUUUGGUUAAUAAUAGCCAAUGUGAUAUGCGACUUACCACCGGGGACAAGACGUAAUACUUAUCUACCGCCUGAAUCAACGAAAGGUUAUUCAUACGAGAAGCCACCGAUACCAUUUCCAAAAGUUACAUCCUUCCCUUCUCGUCCAACGCCAACAUUUCCUGGCCCAACUAGGCCCACUCCUCCUUUUAAUACGAUACCGACGAGACCUAACGUCCCUCCGACACCAAGUAGACCAUAUCCUACUCCUGAAACUAAACCACCAGGAAGAUAUCCUACGAGACCACCAAAUGGAUAUCCACCUCCAGGACCAAGACCGACUCCAAUAUUUCCGGACACGAAUAAUGGAAACACAGUAGGUCCUGGACACGAUCAUCAUCACCACGAGCCUGGUAUGCCCUUUGAUUUUAACUAUGCAGUAAAGGAGGAUGCCUUCGGGAACGACUAUUCUCACAAUGCCAUCAGUGACGGGGAUAUCGUACGCGGUGAAUAUCGCGUCCAACUUCCGGAUGGCAGAAUGCAAAUUGUACGAUACACGGCCGAUUGGAAACAUGGUUUUAGCGCACAGGUCUCCUACGACGGAGCCUCGCGUAAUUUCAAUAGAGGCUACUAGCAUUUAGCGUUUUUUUUUCACAGGGAUAUCUACGAUUAUUCCAUGUCAACGCCGUUUCUAAAUAUUUUCCAAAUAUUUUACGAGUAUCUAAAGUUAGCAUUGCGAAAGAGAGAGAGAGAGAGAGAGAAAGAUAAUGGUCCGAAUUAAUCUUUUUUCUUUUUAUUACUUUUUUUUCUCUCUCUUAAUUAAAACACGAAUUUAUUAUAACACCCCAUUUUUAUUGUAAGUUCAAAACAAAUGUUUAGUUAUGUUAACUUAUUGCAACCCUAUGCGGCCACAUUUCAUUUAAUCGCCCCCCAAAGAUAAUACUCGAUUAUUCGU